AUGGAAAACUUUACAAACAAAAGUCAUGUUUUUGCGGAAGGUACUGAAGCGGACAGCACUGGACUAAGCAUCCGCGCGCUGACAGGGUGCGUUCUGUUUCUCCUGAUUGUCUCCACUCUAUUAGGAAACACGCUGGUGUGCGCUGCGGUUAUUAAAUUCAGGCACUUGAGAUCCAAAGUAACGAACUUUUUUGUAAUUUCUCUGGCAGUGUCAGACCUAUUUGUUGCAGUUCUUGUGAUGCCUUGGAAAGCUGUCUCGGAGGUGGCUGGGUAUUGGCUCUUUGGCAGAUUUUGUGAGACAUGGAUAGCUUUUGACAUCAUGUGCUCCACUGCAUCUAUUCUAAAUCUUUGUAUCAUCAGUGUGGACCGAUACUGGGCCAUUGCAAGCCCCUUUAGAUAUGAACGUAAGAUGACCCAAAGGGUAGCUUUUAUCAUGAUCGGUGUAGCCUGGACUUUGUCAAUACUCAUUUCCUUCAUACCUGUCCAACUGAACUGGCAUAAAGCGGAGGAAGACUACACAGAUGCCAACGACAGCAACCAUACCGAGGAUUGCAACGCAAGCUUGAAUAGUACCUAUGCGAUAUCAUCAUCGUUGAUAAGUUUUUACAUUCCUGUUGUGAUAAUGAUCGGCACAUACACAAGGAUUUACAGAAUCGCACAAACACAAAUAAGACGAAUCUCUUCCUUAGAACGAGCCGUGGAGCAAGCACAGAGUCACCAACAUCCAAGUGAUUGCGCGAAUGAGAACUCACUCAAAACAACAUUUAAAAAGGAAACUAAAGUUCUCAAGACGCUUUCGAUCAUCAUGGGCGUGUUUGUAUUUUGCUGGCUGCCCUUUUUCGUGUUGAACUGCAUGGUACCUUUCUGUGACAUAGGCGAAGUUGGGGACCCUCCGUGUGUAAGUGACAGCACUUUUAACAUUUUCGUAUGGUUUGGUUGGGCCAAUUCGUCUUUAAAUCCAGUAAUAUACGCCUUUAACGCUGAUUUCAGGAAAGCAUUUUCAACCAUACUGGGAUGCAACAGGUUCUGCUCCAGUGCUCCAGUUGAAGCUGUGAAUUUCAGCAAUGAGUUAGUUUCAUACCACCAUGACACUACGUUGCAAAAAGACGCCCCCAUUGCCUUCACUACAGCCCAGCUUCCUUCGGUAGUUCCCAACAACGGGGAAGACGUGGACUUACCCUUUGAUAAAGUUUCUGUCAUCUCAAACACAUCCCGUAAUCACAGGAAUCUGCUUCUACCGGCUAUCGUCCAGUUUGAGUGUGAAGCAGAAAUUUCACUGGAUAUGAUGCCGUUUACUUCGACUGGAGCCAACGAAUGUUAUGCAAUUCCUGGUCAAAUAGGGGAUUAGUGGUUAUUAGCCUACCUCACCAACAUUUCCAAGGUGUUAAUUGUCCUACUUUUUAAAUCGCUUUCAAAUUAAAAAGAACAUUUCAUAGAUAA